AUGUCUUUCAUUUUGUCUUUUCUUUUAUUAGUAAUAGAUCUCAGUGAAGAUCUCAAGGCUCCUCUUCAUGUUAAUCACACAAGAAGUAAAACAGUGACCCUUGACCCCCAGAGAGAACAAGGUCAAAGGGGUCAAGACUGGGUGAAGUUGGAGAACCAGCGGCUGUGGGAGGAGAGGCGGUGUAAGAUCUGUGGGGGCGGGGAGACGGCUGUUCUGUUUGACCCCUGCGGACACAUGUGUGCCUGCGUGGACUGCUCGGCGGUCCAGAGACACUGCCCCCUGUGUAGUCAGUUCAUCAGUCACCACCACCGGGUUUUCAGGGCCUAGUCACCCAUCAUCCAGCUCAGAGUAAUAUAGGUCAUGACACCAUUGUCCAGUUCAGAGUAACAAAAGGUCAUGACACUAUCAUCCACCACAGAGUUAUAUAGGUCAUGGCACUAUCAUCCACCAAAGAGUAAUAUAGGUCAUGGCACUAUCAUCCACUACAAAGUAAUAUACCAGUAGGUCAUGACACCAUCAUCCAGCAAAGAGUAACAGAAGUCAUGAAAUUAUCAUUCAGCAUAGAGUAAUAUAGGUCAUGACGAUGUCAUUAAGUACAGAGUUAUAUAGGUCAUGACGCCAUCUUCAACAAGGUCAUACUCAAGGUCAUUUGAAACUUACACAGCAUCAUGCAUGCACUGGUUGCCAGAAUGUCAUGUCAUCAUUUUGCUCAGUUAGGUAUAAUAUAUAAAGAUAAAUAUGUCAGUUAAAGAAGUCAUAAUAACUUCAGGUACAUAGUUUAUGAUAAUAUAAAAACAUUGACAUGAACAGAUUUUCCAUGUGUUAUACAUAUUUUACGUGUACGGAGGACAAAAAUUAUGAUGUAAAUCAUGAAUUACUAUAUAUAUCAUCUUCAACGGAUGUAAAACCAUUAUUGAAUCAUCCAUUUUUAAGUAUAUAAAGUUCGUGAAUGUCUGUAUCAUCCAGUAUUGGAUGUUAAACUAAAGCAAGGAAUUACUGGUAGCCAACUGUACAUAUGGAAAUGAAAUCAAUGAAAGGAAAAAUGUCCAAGAUGUCUUCAUUAACAUGUUAUCGUUUUUCACUCGGAAAAAUUAACAGAAACGAAAACCGGUUUCUUACGCAAAUUUAUUAUGAGAAUUGUUUACAUCCUUUCUCCAUUCGGAAGUCACUCGGAAUACCUCGCACAAUUUUUCAACGUUAUCAUCCGGGUACCUUCAUCUCUCUUUCGCAAUGCAAAUUCAAAGGGGGAAAUCUUUGGAUUUUUUUAUACUAUUGAAUGAACAUCGUUUAAAACAAGAGGUAUAUAUAAAUAUAGAACAAUUUAAGAAAAUGGUCGGCAUAAACAUCUUGGGACAAAUAUAAAAUAUAACAUUAAUUUUAUGUUCAGUUGUUGUUCAAACGUUGAUUUUAAAAAAAAAGCUUUAUAUUAAGUGUAAAAAUCCUUGUUUAAAUUUACCAAGGCACGCAUUAACCCUUAUGCUUAAUUUACUGAGAAUUUGCCGGCAAUUUCUUUUUUUUUUGGCCUAAAUAUCUGUGAAAAUAUUUGUGAAUUGUUAUUAUUUUGCCAUGUACAUGUACUUGUAUUUCAUAGAAAUUUUAUUUAUAUAGUUAUGCUGAAAUAAAGAGAAUGCUUCGAUGUAUUAUAAUUCAGUUUUCUUGUUUAAUUGCUUGAAUUAACUGCCUGUUUAUUUGUAAAAUGUCUGUCACAUUCGAUACGCAUGGACAUAAUUUUACAGAUGGACAUAUUCGAGGAUGGGAUAAAAAGUUAAACGUUAUUCCAAAUAUAUAUAAUUUUACUAGAUUUUUUGUUUGCAUUCAAUCGAGAAAUUUCCUCAAGCGCCUCGUUAUCGCGAGUAUUUCUUGCCGCAAAACAGUGAUCAAUUGUCUCUUGCAUUUUCUUUUUCAUAAAAUCUACGUCUUGAUCACCGCGGGCAAGUUUACUCCCGCAAAAUCAAGUCUUCGAGAAUAAAAGUUGAUGAACAGAAAUCUUCUUCCCUGCCUACUUGUUUGGUCACGAUUUUGAUCAAAUUCUAUUUUUCUGUUUUUAUUGUUUACAAUGCUUUAUGAAUGCAUUUCUUAUGAUGAAAUAAAAUUUGAGAGUCAUGCAGUCGUAGAGUUUUAUAAGCAAGAUACAGAACUCACAAUUCUUUGUCAUGUAAACAAGACUCGUGCUCUGUUUUUGUUUACAU